AUGGCGCUGCAAGCACACGCUCUGUACGACUUUGAAGCCAACGAAGAGCAUGGCGAGCUCUCCCUAAACGCCGGCGACACCGUCACCGUGCACAGACAGGACAUUGGUGAAGGCUGGUGGGAAGGCGAAGUGAACGGCCGUCGAGGUCUCUUCCCCGCGUCGUAUGUGCAGUUGGACGGCGGCGCAGAUACACCCGACGACCACUUUGACGAUGACGAUGGCAGCGACUGGGAUGACAGCGGCGAUGACGACUGGGACGACGAGCCCACACACCAAGGGCACGGCGCUGGCACGAUGGAGAUGACGCCGAUUGGGCACGGGCACGAGGGCGGCGACCACCAGCCAACGUACGGCGGGCCCGCCUCCUCAUAUGGCCGCGCAGGCACGCUCAAGAAGAGCGUGUAUCGCUUCUCCGUGUUUGUCAAGGCCGGCGCCGAGGCGUUUCUGAUUGGCGCCACCAAGGACGUCACCAUCGACGCCAACAACAUGCUCCACAUCCAGCAAACCUCUGACGGCCCAUCGUGGAUCCCGAAUCCGGCGCCGUACCACGAGAUUGAUGUGCUGCAUGACGGCUCCCGCUCAAAGUACAAGGGCAUCAAGACAUACGAGGCAUACAACAUCCUCAACGCGGCGCCUGGUGUGCAGGUUGAGCGGCGGUUCAAGCACUUUGCGUGGCUGCACGACCGCCUCGUCGAGAAAUACUCGUGCAUCUGCGUUCCCCCGCUUCCGGGCAAGGAGUACAGCCAGAAGUUUGGGGAGUCGCUUGUUGACAAGCGGCAGCAGCGGCUGAAGAUGUGGCUGAACCGCAUCUGCCGCCACCCAGUCCUCUCCCGCGACGACCUCGCCCUCAAGCACUUUCUCACAUGCCCAACAUCAGACAAGACGGCGUGGAAGAACGGAAAGCGCAAGGCAGAGAAGGACCAGUUUGUGAACAGCAUGUUUUUCAAGCUCAUUUCCCAGGACAACGAGGAGGCCAAACCUGGGGAGAAGGAUGCCGUGCGCAGCCGGUGCGAUGUGAUCCACACGCUCGCCCUGUGCGAGAUGUCGCACUUUCACCAGCAGCGCCGCUCAGACUUCCGCGACAUGAUGAAGGCAUACUUUGCCGCGCAAAUUGAAUUCCACCAGAAGAUUAUGGAUCAGCUUGCGGCGGCCAAGGCGGAGUUUGACAAGUUGGACUUUUGA